GUGAAAGACAUGAACUGGACUAUAGUUUUUUUAAGUUGUGGUAAAUAUAUAUAACAUGAAAUUUGCCAUUUUAACCGUUUUUGUGUGUAUAAUUAAAUGGCAUUAAUUAUAUUCAUGAUAUUGUACAACCAUCACAAGUAUCUAUUUCUAAAACUUUUUCAUCACUCCAGACUACAGUUAGGUCCCUGAGUGGUGCAAGUGUUUUGCACUCAACUAUUAACCUGAAAGUUGGUGGUUCAAACCCAUCCAGCAGCACCGUGGAAGAAAGGCCCACAGUCUGCUUCCAUAAUAUUUAAAUAUUUUGCAAUUUAAUUUUCAGUAAGAAAUGGUUAAUAUCUAAAAAUUAUUUAUUAUAAAGUUUCAAAUAAUUAGCCUAGCUAACCAGAAUUAUUAAAUUGAACAAACUGCUUUAAAGAGACACCGAUGUACCAAGCAAAAAUAUACUAUUUAUCCUAAAGACAGCUCUGUCAAGCUCAGAGAACUUCUGAGACCUGACACCAGAACGUAACCACCCAGGAGGGCAGGAUUUAUUUUUCUGCUUUACUGUUGUAUGUCCAGUGCCUAAAAUGGUGCCUGGCAAAUAGUGGGUGGUCAGUAGAAGCUUGUUGAAUAUUUUAAAUGAAUUUUGUAAACACAGAGGCUUUGCAUCACAGCUGUAUCAGUUAUCACCCUUCAAUACUUUUUAAACUACUCUUAGAGGUCUUUGUCAUGGAUUGAAUUGUGUAGAACCAGGAGACCAGUGCCAGAUAGUGCUGGAGCUGACGCACAGAGCGAGAGAGCUGAGUGCCUGUGCGCAGGAGGCUUCCUGGUGGAGUGGGAUGACUCUGGAUACUUACUGGUGGAGGUGCAGAGCUUUGGAACACCUGCCCGGCAGGGCAGAUGCUGGGGCAGCCCAAAGGCCAGAGGGGCGGAGAAGCCAAGGAAGCCGAAGCUGAAGAGACAAGGAACACAGGAAGUAGAGCUACUCCAGCCUCAAAGGGUAGGGCCGGGAUCUCUGGGGCUUCAAAGGGUGGAGCCACAGCCUACUAGGUUUCAAAGAGUCAGAUCUUAACCAACUCCAUUCGGGAGUGUGGGGCUGCUUUUCACAAGUGCCAGCAGGAUGGAGCCGGAUCCACUGCCCAGAUCUGAGGGGUUGGGACUGCCAUGCCCAAGGGACAGAGGAACAGGGCCUGCUGGGGCGAAGGGGGUGGAGUCCACCACUCAGACGGACUACGAGAAUGGGGCCACCCAAAUCUGAGGGAGCAAAAUUGCCUUUCCGGUGGGCCUGGAAGGGCAGGGCCAUUGCCUAAAUGGUCUCAGAGAACAGAGGAUUAUUUUCAAGCCUUGAGAACUGAUACAAUGUGUUCUGCUGACUUUUGCUUAGGGCCUGUUAUCCCUUCUUUCCCUCCACUUUCUCCAAUUUGUAAUGGAAAUAUCUACCUUGUACCUGUUCUACCAUUGUACUUUGGAAGCAAAUGAUUUGUAUUCUAGAUUUUACAGAUGAAGAGGAAUUUUUGGAUUUUGGAUUUGGAAUUGAAUUAAGACUUCUGCUAUGAUAUGGGGUGAAUAUGUUUUACAUGGGGCAAGAACGUGAAUUUUGGAGAGCCAAAGGGUGGAAUGUCAUGGAUUGAAUUGUGUCCCCCAGAAGUAAGCGUCGGCUUGGCUAGGCCAUGAUUCUCAGUGUUGUGUGAUUGUCCACCAUUUUGUUAUCUGAUGUGAUUUUCCAGUGUGUUGUAAAUCCUACUUCUAUGAUGUUAAUAAGGCAGGAUUAGAGGCGGUUAUGUUAAUGAGGCAGGACUCAGUCUACAGGAUUAGGUUGUUUUAAGUCAACCUCUUUUGAGAUAUAAAAGAAGCAAGCAGAAAGCCGGGGACCUCAUGCCACCAAGAAUGAAGAACCAGGAAGGGAAUGCAUCCUGUGGACCUGGGGUCCCUGCGUCAGGAGCGUCUUAGACCAGGGGAAGAUUGAUGACAAGGACCUUCCUCCAGAGCCGACAGAGAAAGCCUUCUGCUGGAACUGGCACCCUGAAUUUGGACUUCUAGCCUCCUAGACUCUGGUGGAUAGCGAGGUGGUUAUGCUUUCAGCACACUGGGAGAAAAAGAAGACCAGCCUAAUAGAAUUACAGGAACAGCUCCAGCAACUUCCAGGUUUAAUAGCAGAUUUAGAAUCCAUGACAGCAAACCUGACUCAUUUGGAGGCGAGUUUUGAGGAGGUGGAGAACCACCUGCUGCAGCUGGAGGAUUUGUGUGGGCAGUGCGAACUAGAAAGAUACAAACAUAUGCAGUCCCAGCAACUGGAAAAUUACAAGAAAAAUAAGAGGAAGGAACUUGAAACCUUCAAAGCUGAACUAGAUGCUGAGCACACCCAGAAGGUUCUAGAAAUGGAGCAGACCCAGCAAAUGAAGCUGAAGGAGCGGCAGAAGUUUUUUGAGGAGGCCUUCCAGCAGGACAUGGAGCAGUACCUUUCCACAGGCUACCUGCAGAUAGCAGAGAGGAGAGAGCCCAUAGGCAGUAUGUCAUCCAUGGAAGUGAACGUGGACAUGUUGGAGCAGAUGGACCUGAUGGACAUAUCUGACCAGGAGGCCCUCGACGUCUUUCUGAACUCGGGUGAAGACAACGCCGUGCUAUCCCCCAUGUUAGGGUCUGAAUCCAGUGUAUGUCAGAAUGAAAUCACUCUUCAGGUUCCAAAUCCCUCCCAGUCACGAGCCAGGCCGCCUUCAUUGUCCUUUUCUGGCCCUGACUCAGCACCCCCGGACCCCAGUGAGGGUGGGGAGCAGCCACUGGUACAGCCUGACGAGGAGGAGGUCUACGCAGACACUGCCCUGGCUGCCUUGGGCACUGAUGGGAAGGCCGCCUCAGAUGUUACUGAUGACAGUGACUCCUAAAUCAGAAUAUUCGUGUUCUCUGACCACAUCUGAGUGACGUCUCAAGCCGUGUGCAGACUACGGCCUCUAAAGUCAGGUUGUUUUAGGGAGGUUCUUGAUUUUUACAACAUUGCCAAUCAUGUUUGAGAGGCUGAAGUGUACAGCUAACAAUAAAGUUUGAGGACUGUAAGCAUUAAAAUGAGAGAGUACGUAGCCAAUUUGUUGUAUGAAGGAAGGCUGCCAAGUAUAUCCAUCUGUGAAGCCAGUGUAACUAACUCCCUGAGCCUCCGAGUGCAGCUGGGGUCAGUGAGGGCCACCUGGCCUGACCUGCCAGUCCACACCUAUGCAGUCUUGAUUAAAAAAGAGUGAGUGGCCUGCCUCAUACAGACAGAAAAUCCUACUUUCCUUUACAGUAUAACCUAUUGUAGUCAAAUUCAGCUCUAACAAAGCCUGGUAUUUCAUUUGAUCGUUAAAAAUAAACAGGCCAACCUACUUUGAUACAAGAACACACACAUGGCCCAAAGGAGCAGAGGUAAGCCUGUGGCAAGAACAAGAUUGACUCCUGUAGGAAAGCUGGUCCUGUGGUGCUGUUUUCUUCCAGCACCACUCACAGCCCAGUCUUGGUGCAGGAUGGUCCUAGGAAGGACAGACGCUGUUCAGCAGAGGGUAACAGCCCAGAGGGAGGGAGGGGGCUGCAGGCAGGGGCCCCGUGGGCCACGUGCAGAGGAAGAGUAACAUUUGGUCUUGCUCAAAAGGGAUUCAAACGACUUGAAUCCUGAUGGAAACCCAAGUGAGCAACAUUAAGAUGCGUGGUCUGCUCCGCUCCGGGCAGAGGCAGUGGAGGACGCUCAGCCCUCUCGUCGGCAAAGAAAGGGCUCGUUUCAUUCACUCAUCUUCCACAAGACAGACAAAUGUCCAAAAAACUUUGUUUUUAUUAUUAAACCUUGUAGUACAAACCUGAAAGGUAAACAAAAAACUGGCAAUAAACAACAUGAAGCUCCUCCCUCAUGAGGGAAGAUGCAGAGCAGCGCUAAUAAAUUAAACGUCAAACUGUGAGCCGUAGGCAGAAGUUUACUGUCCAAAAGAGGGAAGGUAUACAAGCAAGGCCAUAAAAACCGGACAACCACAUCGGAAAACACUUGACUCUGUUCAUGUCAUUGUUAAAUAUUCCAAAACAGUUCAGUCUUCCGCAACAACAACCAACAAAAUGUGUCACAGGACUCUCCUGACAUCACCACCAGCAAGCUCAGUGCAGCAUGGGUGCUACAGGACUGACGGGUUCAAUUAUGAAACAAAGAACAGUUUGUGAAAACAUUUUCCCUUUUUUAUUCCACACGUACUGUACACACGACCGGAGAAGGGCGACAGCUACUCCAUUAUUAUUUGUGUUGUUGUUCAGUGAUGUAAGCAGCACUUAAAUGUUACAAGAAAAACCCUGUAAGCAUCCAAUCCAACCGAUGAAGAAACUGAAAUGUAAGGCUUUUCUUCAUCUCGUCUUUCCACCCCCUCCCCGCCCCUACCAAGAAAAAGGCUCAAGUAUUUAAAACAAUUUACAGGCUUAUGUACAAAAGGGAUGGGAUUUCUUUUUUUUUUUUUCCUUUUUUUUUCUUCUUUUUGUUACAACAGGAAGAGAAAAAAUAGACAAGAUGAGCGCAAAUGCAUUUUCACAUUCAAAAAGAACGGCAGACCUCCUAGUGGCUCCAAAUGUGACCAUAAACAAAACAAACCCAAAAAGAAAGAUUAAUGCUGACUGACGGUGAGAGACAACAGCUGUGAGAUGAAGAUGGAAUGUCAGAAUAAAGAUUGCACAUCUACGACAAAGAAGCGCCAACGGCUUCUAUCACUUUUUCCUUUUUUUCUUUCCCCCUUAAGGAUGCUAUUGAAGGGUUUUUUGAUAAAGUAGCCAACAGCACCAAAAAAUAACAGAAUGGAUUUCCUAAUGAAAUCAGGCACAGUUUUCCCUCACGUGACCCCUCCAAGGCAGGCAGUCUUUUUCUUCUCUCUCUUCUUUUUUCCUUAAACAGAUGCAUAGUGAUGUGCUGGUAAAGAGAACCUAGUCACUCAAGUCUCCUCAUUUUGCCCAUGGUUAGCAAACGUCCGCCUUCAGCUGCCAUAACCGCCCAGAGACACAAAAUGGGGGUUCUCCGGUUUUAAAAACUACAAACUCAUCUUGCACAUGACAGAAGAAAAGACAGCCAAAGUAAAGCCAUUUCUUUUCAAGUUUUGUGUGUGUGUAUGUCUCCUAUCCCUUUUCCUCUCUAGAAAAAUCUGCUCACAUGACUGAUGGUUUUAUAAUUUGUUCUUCAAACUUCACCCUCUUCAAAAAUGGGUUAAAAAAGCCUUUUUUCCCCAACAGUUACAAAAAAAAAACAAAAAACAAAAAAGGCUUUCGUCAGCCAUCGGGGUGAUACAAA